UAGUUGCAACACUAAAUAUACCUUGCAUCGCGAUGCGAAUGUCAAAGGCAGAACUCAAAACCUGGAAGAAAAAAAAAGUGUUGUUUUAUUGAAAACAUGGCGAAUUGCAGCUAAAAGAGCAGGUGCAAUCACAAACUAUUCGAUUCUGUAAUUAAUUGCCAGGCAGCAGUGCAUAGAAAUUAAGGGUGCAUCAAAAUUGACGCGUGUUAAAUGCAAACAAGAAAAUUCCAACACAGACCUUGAGUGGCAGCACACAUACACAUCUGGCAAACACACACACACACAUCUUGAUAAACGGGGCCCAGUCGAAAACGUCAUACACAUAUUCCCCGUUCCGCCCGCUCGCUGCUUUAAGCCAAAUUAGCAGACUUUUUCAAGCAGGAAGUCCGGUCCGAGGAUCCAACCACGACGACAGCUGCAAAAUGGUAAACGUGCCGCCCCUGCUGUGCAGCACGCCGCCUCCGAUCGAUUUUGGCGAGGACGACGACGACUCCGGGCUGCAGUCGACGAUCAACUUGGACGACGGUGACGAAUACCCCGACGAUGACUUUCGCUUAGUCACCAGCCGCUCAACGGGGCUCGAAGCGGGGCUCAAUGCAAAAGAAGCACAGUCACAGCCAGAACCCCAACCCCAAUCCGUAGCCAUAUCAGCGUACAGUGAACGGCCGCCCGAUCUGGAACUGAUUGAGAAUUGUGAGAUUAGCAAACCAUCUGUAGACGCCAUUAAGCAAACUGUGGAGGCUUUCAAUUACCAAGUGAAACAGUCGCAAUCGCUUGAGGGGUACGACGGUUAUCAGGAAACGCCCCCGCCCCUGGCUGAUGAGUUUGAGGAAGUCGAAGAAGAGGAGGAAGAGGAAGCCAAUAUAAAUGACAACGUGCCGUCCCUUAAGUUGGACAGCCUGAGUCUGUAUUCCACGGAAAGUGUCUCGGCCUCGUCCACACUGUCGCCCGUUGCAGAUGCCGACGAGGAGAUGCCGCCACCACCAACGACUACGACGACAACCACAACCACAACCAAAGCACCUGCAAUUGCACCUGUCCUCAGCCAUCAAGUCACGCUGGAGGAUGUGUCCGAUGACAGCGAUGAGGAGUGUUCGCCAAAGAAACCCAAAGAACUAUUUAUACGCGAGGGAGCCGAAGAUUUCUUUGCCAUUGAAGUGCUGGCUACACCCCCAGCCACAGCCACACUGACCUCCACCCAGACCCAGUCCCAGUCCCAGUCCCAGUCCUCCUUCUCCCAGUUGGAAAAGCCAGCAGCGGAUGCAGAUUUAUUUAAUUUUGCUGAUAGCUUUAAAGAGGCGACAGCACAGUCGUUUGUUCGGAAGGAUGUCAUCCAAGAGCAGCCACAAACGAAUCCGGUAGUUAAUGAAGAGGACGAAUUUGAUGACUUUGGCGACUUUGCUGAUUUUUCAGCUGUGCCCACGCCAACAGUGGAAGCUAUGCCACCGCCAGUUCAGCAGAGAAAAGAUUCCCUGCAGGCUGCUCCUCCAGCAACUGCUGAAGAUGAUGGCUUCGAUGAUUUUCAAGAGUUUGCCACUCCCCCAGAAGGUGAUGCCGACGAUGACGAUGACUUUGGUGACUUCUCAGAGCCCCUCACAGCACCCAUACCCAUAGCCGUAGCCGUGCCUCCGCCACCACCGCCUGCAGCAGUCCACCUGAGCAUUGAUGAGCGCAUCAAGCCAGUCCUAGAGCUAAUGUUUCCCCUGUCCCAGGAGAGCAGUGCCGCGAAUGAGGCCAAACGGCGGCCCCUGGCCCAGUGUCAGACCUUCAAUUUUGGUGCCAUCGAGCAGGCGCAGGCCCUGGACUAUCAGUGGACCAGCUCGGAGAUGAGGCACUCCCUAGUGCGGUCCCUGGGCAUCGAUUCAAGAAAUAUACUCUUUGGGGACAAGUGGAAUGCUUCCAUGCCGCGCUUCGCUGCCAAUCUGAGCUUCGAUCCUCUGAAGCCGCUCAAGCCGCUGGAGGCCACGCCCCUGAACAGCCAGCAGUCAGUGGAUACACAUGUACAGACCUUACAAUUGGAAGAACUAGACCAAGAACUAACGAUGAUGCUGGCUGAUAAAAUAAAUCCUCUUGUUACCUCUAACCUCCACACCAAUAACCACGAACUAAAUGAAAAUGGUAAUGCUGCCGCUGCUGCUGCUGCCGCUGCUGCCCGACCCCAAACGGAUGACAAUCUGAUGAUGGAUUCCCCCUCUAACAAACCACACAAUGAUAUGCACCAUUCUUCAUCAUUAACCACACUCCUCAAUAACGAUAAUGAUAACAACAAUCAUGCAACAACAAACACAAUAAAUCUACUCACUGAUCACGAUGCCUUCUUGCUGGAUUUUAGACUGGAGGCAACAACAGCUACAGCCACCGCAGCAGCACAAACGGGCCAAACUGAAGCGCGGACUGGCCCGUCUAAUGGGGAAAAGUGUGUCGUCGCCAGCAGCACCGAAACCACCAGCUUUGACCAGGGCAACGUUAACCCAGACAUUAAUAGCGACCGCCUUGAGUCCACAGCAGCGCCACCAGCAGCAGUUGCUGCUGCAGCAGCAGCGACGCUAUCGACUGCUCUAUCAGCAAACGGCUAUGGCCACAACCUCAACGGCAGUGAGCAGCUGCAUCAGCAACAGCAGAAGCAGCAGCUGCAACAGCAAUCACACCAGCAGCAGUUUGAUUUGAGAGCAACCUCAACGCCAUCUCCACCUCCAGUUUCAGCUCCAGCAGUGGCGCCAGAGGAGCUCAAAGGAAGCAGCACCACCAGUACUCCCACUGGCUUUGCGAUGCCACUGAAGGAGACCCAUAUUUACACACCCUCGAAAUCAGAUACGGCUGUGGCAAGGACCACAACGCUAGCGCCCAUUGAUUUCGACUACGAGAUCGCAGCCACUGGCAUCAUCAUUGAUGAGACGGUGGUCAAGAAGGAGUACCGCGAUGUGGAGUACAAACCGCCGCCAUUUGGCCUGGACUCGCCCAGCAGAUUGCCCAGCAGCAACGGAACGAGCAGCUUUGAGCUUCCGACGACAGUGAACCCAAUGGCGGAGGAUGAUGAUUUCAGUGACUUCCAGUCGAUGCCAGCGAGAACGCAAGCCUCGCUACAGCCGCCAAGGAACGGGACGCCCACAUUUGGCGAACAAAUGAUACUCUGCCCGGCCAUAUUGCUGCCACAGGCCAUUCCCCUGGCCAAAACCACCAUAGAGUGGGGCGACAAUGCUCUGUCCAGCAUCAAUGCUGAGGAAAUGGCCCGCAUUGAAGAUCUGUUCUCGGCACAGUCCAAGCCCCCGACGAUAAGUGCAACGGUUGCCAAGCAGCCGCCCCAGCAACAGCAGCAGAACCAGCAGCAACAGGAGGAUGAUGAGUGGUCGGACUUUGUGUCGGUGCCUGUGCCCCAGCAGCAGCAGCAGCAGCAUCCACAGCAGCAACAGUCUUUUGGCAAUAAUAACAAUAUCAACAGCUUAAAGAAGCCCCCCUCUGGGACUGGGUCUGGGCCUGGGCCGAAGGAGGAUGAUUGGUCCGAUUUUGUGAGCAGCACUCCGCUGGCGGCCCGACCAUCGGCUCCACAGUUUAAUUCCGGGGCCUGGCAGAGCGCCAAUUUCUACAACAAUCCACUCAGUCUCUAUCAGCACCAGAAGCAGACGCAUGCCCACAGCAAUCUGGUGCCCAAAUAUCAGCACAGCGGCAGUGCCUCAACCAACCACAAUAACAAUAACAACAACAACAACAAUGUGCCAGCCACGCCGCAGCAGAUCCACAUAAUGCACGACUUCUCCACGGCGCCCUCGACAACGGGCGCGGGCUCGUUGGCAGCCGGAGCCACCUAUCAGCAGCACCAUCAGCGGCAGCAAUUCCAGAUAGGCAAUGCCAAGGUGGCACCGCUCAUAUCCGUCAUACCCGAUCUGAGCUUUGUGGCCCCGGCCUUGCCCACAAAUGCGGGGGCCUUUAUGGGAUCGCUGCCGAAGCCCAGUUUCGGUGGCAAGAAAUGACAAAUGCUGCGCGGAGGGAAACAUCAUCUGAAUCCCCAACAGAAGCAGCAGCAACAGUCAUUGAGACCGCGUCCCUCGGCCGGAGAGGCCAGCAUCCUCACGUAGAGAUGCCUGCGGAUGGCCCGUGGAGAUAGUCAGUAUUAUGAAUCCGUCUGAUAAUUACCAUACACCGUACCAUACCGUAACGUCGUAUAUAGAAUAUCUGCAAACUGCAAUUGGAAGAUUGCGAAAGAAAUUAGCAGCAGAAAAAAGUGUUUAAUGUUGUCGUUGAAGUUAUUGUUGUUGAUGUUGUUGUUAGGCGUUCUAGGAACAGGCACCACUCUCACUCAGUUCCCCCCAGAAGAUCGAGGAAACCCAACUCCAGUUCUGUUUCUGUCCCCCCAGAUCGUUCUUGUGCAAUAUUUUUGAGUCCAAACUAAUUGAAAUUUAGAUAUUUUUAAAGUGAAAAAAAAUUAGAUGUAAAAACUAGCGAUUUUAUACGAUUUUUGUCAAGCCAGGACCCCUCCAGAGCCAGGAACAGACUUCCGCAGAGCAUUCCAGAGAAAAGAAAACUUCCCUUUGCGACUUCCCUCCCAAUCCAACAGAAUACUCCAAGAAGUCCGAAUGAUGGAAAAACCCCAACCAACCCGCCUGAUGCGAACUUUUCUACCACUAAACAAUAUAUCGUGUACUUAAGAGAUGAGAGAAAACUAAAAAGUAAACCUAAAACCUAGGCAUAGGCUAGCAAUGUAACGAUAAUAGAUAUUAGCAGGUAGCAGGUAGCAUAUAGAAGAUAGCAGAUAGAGAUAUAGUAUCUCGUGCAUUCCAUUCCCAGAGUGUGUGCAGAUGUCUACUCGCCCAUGAUGAUCUCCAGAAAACGCGCGCAUUCGAAGGCAGAGAUGCAACCCCAAUCCGCUCCAGUUUUUUUCGUUUUUUUAAUAUAAUUUUUGUUUGUUUUUCUCGUGUUAAAGUGUUUUUACCAUUUUUAUUUAUUUUACUUUAUGUUACGCUUUUCUUUAAGUCGAGUGUGUGAGAGUGUUUGUGUGUGUGGAAAUUAUAAACAAUUAUUAACCAGAACUAAGUGUGUGUCUGUGCUUGGAUGUAAAUUAUACUUAAGUGUGUGUAAAUUACAAAUAGAUUGUGUUUCGUGUGUGUAUGUUUUUAUUUUGCUAAGUCAAUAAAAUAUAUAGGGCUAAAACAAGA